CUCCCCGAUAAGAGUUUACUUCUUACACCUCUCCACCUCCUCCUCCUCGCUAUCUCCUUCUUUUCCUUUCUGAAUCCAACAGUACCGCUCCACCACUCAUACCCCAAUUGAACAGCCACUGGAACUACUAUGGCAAGUCCUGGAAAAGCCCUCUUGGAACUCAGCAAAGUCGCCGCGACGUGCUUGCAUGAUCCCCAUAUCAGAGGUGUGGCCCUCAAAGUUGGAGGUCCAGCUUUCCUAGUAGCCUCGAGUGCGAUGUCCAUCUAUCAAUAUGUCUACGCCAAAAACGAACGCGAGGAGAGUCAGACGCAGAUACGACAGCUACAGGAGAGUUUUCAGGAGCGAGACCUUCGGGACGAGAAGCGACAAGAACUCGAAGAGAUGCACCGCGCCGAAGUCGAGUCUCUUAAACGCUUGAUGAGCGAACGGGAGCAACAACAGCGAUACGAGAAUGCCGGCUUGAUGGAAGCCAUUCAGCAAAGUCAUGCCGAAAUCCUGGAGCAUGCCCAGCGUGAUAGCGACAGGCGUCUAGGCGAGGCACUGCAAGGACCGAUGGAACGGCUCGCGGCGCUCGAGCAAUCGCUGAUGCAGCUCCAGAUCCAGCGCCAAUCAGCCCCGAUGUUAACACCCCAGGUCUUGAUGCAGAUUGCCGCCAUGAUCUUUCCGGCCGUCUAUACCGCAGCCCUUAUGGCCCUCGCACGGCUCCAUCAGCCCACAACUGACGAUGAUCUGUGGUUACUGGACGCUGAUUCGGUAACCAUGGCUCAGGAGAGUACAGGUCGUAUAGGGUACUAUCCAUUAUCGUUCCCGUGCGCAUCAAUCUCGAGCGCAUCCUCGUUCAUUGAGGACAGCACUGAAGCUGAAGACCGCUUCUACGACUGCAACAAUGACGAUUGGGACGAUGAUCCUGAGGACAUUGAUUCUGAUGAGUUUGAAUGGACCGAAUCAGAGGUUGAGAAUAUUGGGUGUCGAGAGUCUGACAAAUGAGUACUAUAACAUGGACGCGACGCGUCCAU